AGGGUGGAAGGGGCUCUCCGUCACUUCAGAGGAUUGUGUGACAACUAUCAGAUUUGCCCCAUUUACCCCAUUUACCUUACGGUUACGGACUCCUGCCCUGGUGUCUCCAAAUACCUCCACGUCGUCUACAGCUGUGAGAAGAAAGUGUGUCUUGAUAGUCUGGGCAUCGCUGACGGGAGAAUCCCAGACUCCUCUUUUUCCGCCUCUUCCUCUGCGUUCAAUGCCGAACCUCACAAAGCGCGUCUGGGGGGCAGCGGUUGCUGGAGACCCUCCGAAAUGUUCGGCAGCUGGAUCCAGGUGAACCUCGGUCAGAACUUCAAGGUGACAGGCAUUGUGACCCAGAAGUGUACAUACCAAGGGCAAAGUUCCAGCGUAUUUGAGAUGCUGUUCAGUAUUGACUGAGUGACUUGGUAUCGCCACCCAAAGCAGCCUUCUGUGGGGACGUAUAUUCUAACCAGGCCCGUGUUCGCCCAGUACGUCCGCCUCCUGCCAAUGUUUUUGGGCCUACGCUUUGACGUCUUGGGGUGCACGUCUGACGACACCGCUCACAUCUUAUGCAGCAGCACAGCCACCGACCUCAGCCUCGACGAUUCAAUGACGGUGCGGUGCCCACUGGGCUGCGCCCAAGCCGGCUACAAGGUCUACGGAACACGGCUCUACAAACAGGACUCAAACAUCUGUGCGGCUGCUAUUCACUCGGGCAUCAUUGAGAUUGGAGGAGAUGUGACUUUGCUGCCGAGACUACCACAGAAAGCCUACAACAGCUCCACCUGUAACGGAAUCGUCUCGAAAGUAUAUGUUAACGAAUUGGCUCCGUCUUACACUUUUGCUGCCACGGGUGAGUAGAAUGUCCAGAAUAGA